AACGUAAACACAAACAAUAAACCCAACGCGAACGAACGAACGAAUAUCCAAAUCCUCUCAAGCCGAAUCCUGCAUUGAAGUUGGAUCUCCGAUGGCGAUGCUCAUGAUUCCCUCCAAGGUCUCCAGUCAUGUCCGGUUCUUACUUAUGGAAUUCAACGAUUCCGACUAUCACUCUCUGGCCCAAGAGAUUUGUGAGUUCUUUGACUAUGGAGUAGAAACUAGCAUUUGCGUUCUCAAGACCUGCUUCACCUUUUGGAAAGGAGGCCACACAAAUACAUUGCAACUUGAGAAUGUAGUAUCCUUGGUUCUCAAACGUGUCUUGGAAAUGCCUAAUUUCGCAACUCUUCUUUCUUGCGCACUCCAAGAUUUUGAGGUCACUCCAGAGUUCGUCACUGCAUUUCACUCUGAUGCAAGCACAAGUGAACAUUUAGAUUCCUUCAUUCACCUUUUGUCCUCCCAUCACUCUACUGAUAAACUCCAAUUUGUUCACAACCCUUUCCCUUCAGUGGAACUCCACGAAGCUGAUGUUUUCAGGAGCUUGGAUUUAAAUAGCCUUGAUGCUAUCUUAACUGAAACUGCGAAGGAGACUAGUGUGGGAGAUCUCAUAGAAGAAUUGGGUUAAGUCAUGGAAUGUUGACAUCCUUUUUGAGACAAUUAAACUGCUAGCUCCUGGCACAACCUGGCCGAGAGUAAUUGAAAAUCUGGAUCAUGAAGGAUUUGAUAUUCCUAACAUGGAGGCUUUCUUGUUUUUCAUGAUGGUUGUUAGAAAUAUCUGCAAGGACCCAUUUCCUCUUCAUGCCGUUUGUUCUUUUGUGUGGAAAAAUAUGGAGGGUCAGCUAUCUUUCCUUAAGCAUGCAGUAUUGGCACCGCCAGAAAUAUUCACCUUUGUACACUCUACUAGGAAGCUGUUGUCUAUUGAUAACAUGCACAUCGAUGAGCAAACAGCACUUUCCAAUCACGCAUGGCGGUCUCUUGAUCUUUUAGAUGUGCUAUGCCAGUUGGCCGAGAGUGGGCAUGCUGUUUCAGUUCGUUCAUUGCUUCAGUAUCCACUGGCCCAUUGUCCUAGAACCUUGCUUCUUGGGAUGGCUCAUAUUGAAACUGCUUGUAAUAUCAUUCAGCGUGAGGUGGUAUCUGAUGUACUUCCCCUUAUGAUAAAGAAUACCCAGGAUAUUGGUUUUGUCCUUAACCUCUGGCAGCUGAACAGAGAACUUGUUAUUUGGGGUCUUUUAGAUGCCCAAAAUCUCGGACUAGACAGCAUGCUCAGAAUAAUUGAUAUCUUCCAUGAGCUUAAGAUUCUCUCUUCUGUUAUAAACUCAGUUCCGCUGUCACUUGGCAUCAAAUUGGCAAUCCUUGCCUCACAGAGAGGGUUUCUAGAGAUUGAGAGUUGGUUGUCAAAAUGCCUUUUUCUGUACAAGGAUGUCUUUUUUGAGGAGUGCCUCAAGGUUAUCAAGGACAUUCAUUUUCAGAAAUCGAAGGAUAUUUUUUCCAAACAGUUCCGUUCCGCUGAUCUCAUGUCAGAUCUUUGUUUGGAUGCAACAUCUUUCCUUUUGAAUGCUUUGAAACCGCAUAUUACAUCACGUCAACUGUUUGAAGAAUUAGAAAAGGUCCAUGAAGCAGUUUUGAACAUAGGAACUUUUGUUGCUGCAACGGAGAGAAAGGAGAAUCCAAUAGAGGCUCCACCUUCAGAAGUUCAGGACAAAAUGUAUUUCAUAAUGAAUAAUGUCUCAGCAGCAAAUGUUGAAUCCAAAGGGAAAGAAUUCUCUGAAAUUUUGUCUAUUCAGUACUACCCUUGGUUUGCCCAGUAUAUGGUCAUGAAAAGAGUGAGUACCGAGCAACAGUUUCAUGACUUGUACUUGAAGUUCUUGGACAAAGUUAAUUCCCAGCAAUUAUACAAGGAGAUAGUCCAAGCUUCCUAUGAGAACUGCAAGGUUCUGUUAGGUUCAGCGCUCAUAAAGUCAGAUUCAGAAGAGCGGUCCUUGCUUAAAAACUUAGGCAGUUGGCUUGGGAAGGUGACCAUUGGAAGGAAUCGCGUUUUAAGGGCGUGUGAAAUAGAUCCAAAAUCACUGAUAAUUGAUGCAUAUGAAAAAGGGCUGCUUAUUGCUAUCCUUCCGUUCACUGCAAAGGUUUUGGAAUCCUGCCAAAGCAGUAUUGCAUAUCAACCUCCGAAUCCAUGGACUAUGCCUAUACUCGGGUUACUGUCAGAGAUUUAUUCAAUGCCAAACCUUAAAAUGAACCUGAAGUUUGAGAUAGAGAUUUUUUUCAAGAACAUUGGGGUUAAUAUCAAAAGUGUAAAACCAACUUCCCUUCUGAAGAACCGGAAGAGAGAAAUAGAUGGAAAUCCUGAUUUUAGGAACAAAGAUUUUGGUGUGGCCCAGGGAUCCCAACCACAGAUGAUCGAUGAGUUUAAAUCUGAAAAUAUUUCUCCGCAAAACCAUGUAGAGCUACCUACCAAUGCAGGCGUUCAUUCAAAGUUAUUGCCACAGGCAACCAUGCUUUUUGCUGAAUGGUGUCAGAUCUGCAGUCACCCUGGUGAAAAUGAUGCAUCACGUACCCGCCAUGUCUUGCAUUUAUAUCAAAGUGGACUACUGAAGGGAGAUGAUAAAACUGAGAGCUUUUUCCGUAUUCUUACAGAAUAUUCUAUUGCUCAUUGCAUAUCAUCUGGGGAAAUGAAUUCUGGUGCCCUGCAAUCUACUCAGGAAGUUCAGGAACCAUCAUUUGUUGCCAUCGAUAUCUAUGCCAAACUAGUGUUUUCUAUCUUGAAUUAUUUUCGUGAGCAGGAGUCUAGCUGCAAAUCCUUUCUUCUUUCGAAGAUUGUGACUGUCAUUGUGAGAUCUAUUUUAAAGGACGCAGAUGACGAAAAGACACCACUUUAUCCAAGACCAUAUUUCAGAUUGUUCAUCAACUUGCUGCUUGAUUUAUCUUCCCGGGACCAUAUAACCGAUAGUGAAAACUAUCAGGUUUUAAUAGUUUUCGCAAAUGCAUUUCACGCGCUGCGCUUCUUAAAAUCCCCGCGUUCAGGUUACCGACAUAUACUUGUUUCUCUCUGCUGUUUCCUAACGUCAAGUCAGCAAGCCAAUAGUCAUUACCAUCGACUACUUCAUAUCACGAGCUCUCUUAUAUCAGCUUCAACCUGCAGAGACUUGGUCACCCAUACACCAGAAUGACCAACAAAGGAACUAAAAAUCCCAAGGAGGGAUA